GGUGGGUUAUAGCCUACAAUAUUGUACACACGGGUCUGGUUCUGGCUGGCUGUAGUGUUGCGCAAACUUGGAGGUUCGAGACCGCUUGUGAUGUUGUAAAAUAAACUUUGAAAGAUGUAAUUGGUGUACGAGGAGGGUAUUGAGCACCCAUGUGUGUCCACAGAUGAGAUAAUGCAGAUGGAGAAGGACAGAAACAUCAAUCAUUGCCAUGACAACAGCCAGGCUACGGAGGACAGGGAGCGGGAGAAGCAGUUGGCCAGGAAGAGGCUCUAUGUGGUCUCGGCUGUUUGCUUGGUCUUCAUGAUCGGAGAGAUCCUGGGUGGUUACUUUGCGGGGAGUCUGGCGGUGAUGACAGACGCCGCCCACCUGCUGGUAGACUUCGCCAGUUUCAUCAUCAGCCUGGUGUCUCUGUGGCUCUCGUCCAGACCCGCCACACGCACGCUCAGCUACGGCUGGCAUCGUGCAGAGAUCCUGGGCGCUCUCCUCUCGGUGGUGACCAUCUGGCUUGUGACAGGUGUGUUGGUCUACCUGGCCGUGCAGCGGCUCAUCAGAGAUAAUUACGAGAUCGAGGGGACCAUCAUGCUCAUUACCUCAGGCUGCGCUGUGCUCGCAAACAUCAUUAUGGCUUUUACCUUGCACCAGUCCGGGCAUGGGCACAGCCACGGGGGCCUCAGUAGCGGGCACAGCCACAGCCACGGCAACAACGACAAGGGCAACCACGGUCACAGCCACGCGGUGAGUGAUAGGCACGGGCACAGCAGCAAAAGUAACCACUCACACGGUAACGGUAACCAGGAAAACCAUUCCCAUGGAAACGGAGAUUUGAAGCAGCAUGGUGGGGUGGACGUUCAGCAGUAUGAGUUGUCGGAGUCACGACCUCAGGCCAACGCCAGCGUGCGUGCUGCCUUCGUGCACGUGGUGGGAGACCUGCUCCAGAGCAUCAGCGUGCUGGUCAGCGCCAUCAUCAUCUUCUUCAAGCCCGAGUAUAAGAUAGCUGACCCUAUCUGUACAUUCCUGUUUUCCAUAUUUGUCCUGGGAACCACCAUCACCAUUCUGAGAGACAUCCUGAUGGUCCUCAUGGAAGGCACCCCAGCUGGAGUGAAGCACGGUGAGGUGAGGGAUCGGCUGCUGGCAGUGAAGGGGGUGAAGUCUAUCCACAGCCUCCAUAUCUGGGCCCUGACUAUGAACCAGACGGUGCUGUCAGCACACGUGGCUAUAGAUGACUUAGUGGAUGCCCAGCCAGUUCUAAGGGAGAUUACCCAAACGUGCUUCUCCAUCUACAACUUCCAUUCAGUCACCAUACAGCUGGAACGACAGGCCGACCAGAAGCCUGGGUGUAGCCUGUGUGACGACCCCAAAAUAUAGACGUCUGUUUAAGCCCAUGGGAGAGGCCAGGAGCCCAGAGGAAUAAGCUACCAAACCCCGGAUUUAGUUGUAACCUGGACAGGCUUUUGGCUAGUGCUUGACUUGGCCAGGAACAUGCUGGGACUGAGUUAUAGCACCUCACAUAUUCUACUGCUUGAGUUCCUGCACCUCUUAGAGAAUAUUGGCUUAAAAUAUUCAGUGGUGUAAAGUACUUAAGUGAAAAUAUAAGUUGUUUUUUGGGGUUAUCUGUACUUUACUUUACUAGUUAUAUUUUUGACAACUUUAAGUUUUACUGCACUGUAUUCCUAAAGAAAAUAAUGUACUUCUUACGCCUUACAUUUUCCCUGACACCCAAAAGUUGUUACAUUUUGAAUGCUUAGCAGGAAAGAACAAUUGUCUAAUUCAUGCACUUAUUGAGAGAACAUCCCUGGUCAUCUCUACAGCCUCUGAUCUGGCAGAAUCACUAAACACAAAUGCUUCGUUUGUAACUUAUUUCUAAGUGUUGAACUGUGACCCUGGCCAUCUGUAAAUUAAAAAAACAAGAAAAUCGUAUUG